AUGAGAGAUAUUGACAAUACACUUAUAGCAUCAGAAAAUUCAACUUCUUUGGCAGUCAUGGAAGCUAAUGGAUUGAUCUUAACUAAUAAAUAUUCAGAACGUUUACCAAAUGCAAGAUAUUAUGGUGGAAAUGAAUUUAUAGUUAAAUUAGAAAUUUUAUGUCAAAAUAGAGCUUUCGAAGCUUUUAGACUUGAUCCCAAAGCUCUGAUGGGUUUCUGA